UUGCAGGCAAAAGUCCUCGUGAACGGAGAACGGCGCUGACGUUUAGGUGUCAAUUAAAAAAGAAAAUAUUUUUAUAUACAAAAAUUUAGCUAGUGGGGAAACGUAUAAUAGAAGCAAAAUAAUAAUGAAAAUUCUAAAAAAAUACAAGUGAAAACCUGUAGUAUAGAAAAUUGGAAACCAAAUAAAAAAAAACGUCGAAAAAAAUCAAUGAAAUUAUAAUGUAAUAAAUAAUAUCAAAUUAAAUAAUAAAAAAAAAAAAACGAGAAAAAGAAAUAAUACUGAUAUAUAACAAACAAAAAGAGGUUAAAGUCUAUAAAAACACAUUUUCAAACCAUGUCCCUGCCAAGUGUAACAAAAUUUUCAACAUCAUAGUGAAUACAACAAAAAAUAUUGAAAAAUAAUAAUGACUGUCGCAAUAUUACGUGUAUUAAACAAAUGUAUUAUAGUUUCCAUAAAAUAAUUAAAUAAAUUAAGAGUAAAUUGUUGUUGUAAUCAACACGUAAAAUGAAUGCAAAAUAAUCGAAAUCAAUUUAACGUGUAUGUCCGUCUGUCGGUCUGCCUGCCUGCCUUUAAAAUCCCGUUGAGUGAGUGAAUAAAUGAGCGUGAGUGCUUGUGUUGUGUCGAGUUUUACGAAUGAGUGAUCGCGUUGGUAUUAGUUCAUCAGCUGGCCGUUAUGCUCGUGUGAGUCCUUCGCCGGGUCGUGGUACAAAAGUUGCCUAUGCACCAUGUCCUCUAUUCGAUGCACAGGAUGUCGAAUUGGGUGGCAAUUGUUUGGCCAUACCAAUGUCAUCGCUACAGCCACCACCGCCAUCAUCGGCAGCAGCAGCACAAGCCGUGGCAUAUGGCAAAACCUCAAUAGCAAAUGGAAAUAGUAAUAAUAAUAGUCAUCAUUAUAAAAAGGAACGUUGCAGUGGCUUUACAGGUGCUUGCACACAAAUAUCCACCACCGCCGCCACCACGCUUCCUCUGCCCACCAUGCAGCAUGAAUUGGAUGUACCACAGCCUUUAGUUGAUCGCAAGCCCUCAGUAUCGCUUUUGAGAUGGAAUAAUGCCAACAAUAGCAGCAACAUCAACAACAACAACAUCUCCACCUCUGCCCACAUCAUCAACUACAACAAUAGCAGCAACAAUAUGAAUCUCAACAGCAAUGUCUACAAUAGCAGCCAACAGAUUUACACGCCUAACAGUAGUAGUUUUAGAAAACAAUCAGACACCAAGGGGGGGUACGCUAGUUUUGCCACUGGUGGCGGUGGUGGUGCUGCAGCAGGAGGUGCUAAUAAUGGUCUGACAGUAAGCUGUUCUAGAUCGGAGCCUAUAUCAUUGGCCACUUUAGAUCGUGAUUGUUUUAUAAUACCGGUGCACAGUGUAGAUCGUUUUCUGCCAGCUGGCAUACCUUUACCACCCUCUCCCGUUGAAGGCAAUAGCACUAAACCUGCCAGUCCCUUAAGUGUUUUAGAGGUUUCCGAUCCCAAAAUGUGCAUUUUAGUGCACUUAAUGAGUCCUCUAGAACCGAUAGAUCCAGUUUUAGAAUCUCCUUUAGCACAUCCUUUACUAAAGCAGCGAGCUGUGGCUUCAGAGCUUUUGCAAGAAGUGCAACAGGCUAAUACCGCUGUAGGCGGCAUGUUAUUGGCAAACAUGGAGAAAUGCUCUGAGUUUCCUUUUAUCGCUUAUUAUGUUAUAAAUACAACACAAACGGAUCCUUCAAAUUUUUAUACUGGCAUUCGAGUUUCUUCUUUAUCGAAAUUUGAGCCAAAAAAUUUAAAAUACACUGCCGCUCAUACUUUAGACUUGUAUAGCGAAGUGGCCGCUAUAUGUCGUCCACCUUUAACAUUGGCCCCCAAUGAAUCGGGCAGCUUUAAAAAGUCACAAACUCCAGCUACUGGAUAUAUAAUAUCCGUGUUUAAGGUCUUCGAAGGUGAUGAUGGUGAGAGAUUUGAAAAGAAUUGGUUGUACUGGACGGGGGCCAGAAUGUUGUAUAGAUACUUGCCUCGUGCUGCCGGUCUGAGGCGCAUUUCUCUACAUAAAAGUACUUCACAAAAAGGUGAUAAAAUGUAUUUGUUGGUUUGUGAAUGUGCCGAAUUGUUAAAGGACAUAACAUCAGCUGCCGUUUUAAUACCUGCCCUUAGAGCUAGACUAUGUGGCUACACAGGGCUUUAUAGACCAAUUCAAGCAUUUUGAGUUUUUAUAUUUUCUACUUCUUUUUUUCUUUUCUGUUUUUAACUUUUAAAUUUUAUUGUUUACUUUUUUGGCUUUUUUAUUAGAGACUUAUUUUUAUUUUACUUUUCAAUAAAAACAUAUUUAAUUAUUUAGUUGGUAUUUUCUUCUUUUUUUAUAUUUAAUUUUCGAAGUGGAACUAAUUUGAAGUUAAAUCAUGAUUUUGUUUUAUGAAAUCCUUUAAAUAGAGUUUAAGUUUAAUUA